UAUCAUCAUACUGCGAUUGAGCAGAAUGUUUCAUGGUGAAUCAUACGCUCACUCACCCUUUAUUGCUGUGAAGUGGUAUAAAAAAUUUCGCCUGAAAAAUAACAAAAAAUAAAAUUCAUAGAAUAUUCCAAAAAUAAAACAACUCGAAAUAUAAAUAAAUUAUUCAAAUUUCACGAUUUAAAGAGAUCUAAUAUAUUCGGUUAAAAGUUUUGUCAAAUGUUUGUAAAAGUUUAAUCAUAUAACAGAUUUCGUUGUCAGUACAAUUAUAAACCUGUUAGCUUGGAAAAAUCAUUCUCAGUAAUAACAUUAUAUUGCAGUUGAAAUGUCUUCAGUUAAAGUUGCAGUUAGGGUAAGACCAUUUAAUUCACGAGAAAUAUCUCGUGAAUCUAAAUGCAUCAUUGAAAUGAAUGGGGCUACAACGGCGAUUACAAACCCAAAGGUACCGUCUGGUACUAGCGACUCUAUUAAACGUUUCAAUUUUGAUUAUUCCUACUGGUCCCAUAAUCCACUAGACAAGGAGUUUUCUACGCAGUCUAUGGUGUACACAGACAUUGGAGAAGAGAUGUUACAACAUUCUUUUGAUGGAUACAAUGUUUGUAUUUUCGCUUAUGGUCAAACGGGAGCUGGAAAGUCCUAUACAAUGAUGGGGAAACAAGAAUCAGAAGGUCAAGAAGGAAUAAUACCAAUGCUGUGUAAAGAUUUGUUCCGAAGAAUUAAAGAAACCACAAGUUCUGAUUUGGAAUAUACAGUUGAAGUAUCGUACAUGGAAAUUUAUUGUGAACGCGUUAGAGACCUAUUAAAUCCGAAAAACAAAGGCAAUUUAAAAGUUCGCGAACACCCUUUGUUGGGGCCUUAUGUCGAAGAUCUCUCUAAAUUGGCAGUCACGUCGUACGAAGACAUACAUGACCUUAUAGAUGAGGGAAAUAAAGCGCGUACUGUAGCAGCGACGAAUAUGAAUGAAACCAGUUCUAGAUCUCAUGCGGUUUUCACGAUAUUCUUUACACAGCGAAGACAUGAUAAAAUGACCGAUUUGAUAACUGAAAAAGUUUCAAAAAUCAGUUUGGUUGAUUUAGCUGGUUCGGAGCGGGCUGAUUCAACUGGAGCUAAAGGAACUAGACUUAAAGAAGGAGCCAAUAUUAAUAAAAGUUUAACAACUCUUGGAAAAGUUAUAUCAGCAUUAGCAGAAAUUUCGGCAACAAAAAGUAAAAAAUCCAAAAAAACGGAUUUCAUUCCAUACCGUGAUUCAGUUUUAACCUGGUUGUUACGUGAAAAUCUUGGCGGGAAUUCCAAAACUGCAAUGAUUGCGGCAAUAUCACCAGCAGAUAUAAACUAUGACGAAACAUUGAGCACACUAAGAUAUGCAGAUCGAGCUAAACAAAUUGUAUGCAAAGCUAUUGUUAAUGAAGAUGCGAAUGCUAAACUAAUUCGUGAACUCAAAGAGGAAAUUCAAAAAUUACGAGAACUAUUGCGUGCUGAAGGGAUUGAAGUUUGCGAAGGUAAUUGAGAAAAAUUAAGACCUUU